AUGAAGACUUUGCUGGAACGUGUGUACAUGAUGAAUGUGGUACUCUACAUUGAAACGAUGUCGACACUCAAGAAGUUGAUUCAAAUCAAUAAAAAGUGUUACUUGACAUGUCAAGACAUGUAUUCAUCACCAUUCAAAUUGGACUAUACGUCUGAGGACUUAAUAACACUCUUCAGUCUCUUUCCCAAGCUCCAUACACUGUAUUGUGAUGCUUCCGUGUUUCCUACGACUACUUCGAAUAUCAACAAGGAAGGGAUGUUCUCUGUGAAAGAAUCGGAUUACAUCACACGAAAGCUUGGCGACAUGGACUUGUGUGUCACUGCAAAAGCAAAGAACGACGCGAACUCGCUAGCUUUUAUCUAUUGCUACGCAGAUAACAUUAAGACACUUUCAUAUCGAAAAAGCAUUGGACUCUACGAGUAUUACCCACCACUCGAUUUGUCGCUGAUGACAUCUUUAAAGCGGUUUGAGUGUUCGGACGAGUUUUUACUCACAACACUCCCACCAAAGAAGAUAAAUCAAAAAUUGGAGGAGAUUGUUAUCUUCUUAGACACGUUUAUGGAGAGCUACCAGAACACGUUGGUCACUUCAUAUGCAAAUGUCCAUUUCAGAGUCAUCCUCUACCUCCAAGAACUGACUUUCGACCAAUUUCAGCUCUGGGACUAUUUGACAAAGAAGUUCAACGUCACGACUCAAUUCGUCAUCUUUUGUAACAACAACAAUUUGCCCUGUAACAUUAUUAAGAAACAUGUCUACCUCCACGCGAAAGGAAAUGCACUUGUUUUGGACCCAAAUACGAUGAACAGUGAAAUCAACGAAAUAAUUCAAUGGUAUGGCCCGUUCAGUGUAGCGGUGAAUGGCAACGUUGAUAUGGUAUAUAAAGAGAAUGAAUCACAUAAUGUGUUUUCCUUUGAGGGUUUAGAUGGGGUGUUUGUGUUAAGUAUACGAAAUAUGAAGCAUAGAAAUGGUGUUGAUUAUAUCUUGCCACAUACCGUGCAUACACUUUCAAUAUACCAAUGCAAGAGUGUUGUCCAUUUACUCAAUUUGAAUACAUUGAAUAUCACAAGUAUCGACCUCUUCUCUCUCGGGAGAAUCGAAUCAAUUCAUUUACCAAAGAGCGUCAAACAAGUUCGAAUCGAUCAGUUAUAUUCAUUAAGUUCGAUUGUUGGUAUAAAGGAAUGUAAAUUAGAUUCAUUCGCUUGCUUCACAUGUCCUCAACUCACAGAGUUGGAUUUGGUUAAUGUUGAACGCGUGAUGAUAUACAACUGUCGAGAACUUGCAAAAAUUAAUACCAGUGGAAAUAUAACAAUGACCUAUUUGUCACUUAAUAAAUGCCCGAAUUUGAAGGGAAUGUACUUCCCAAAAUCUUUAAAAGAAAUGCACACACAGUGGGACUUAAAACUGUCUGGUCUUCUUUAA